CGCCCUCCGGGGGGCGGGGCGCGGGGCGGGCGCCUGCGCGCUGGGCGGCCCCGGGUUCACGUGGCCAGCGGCGACUGCGGCUCUCUCCUGGCGGCCGCGGCGCGACAGCGGAGCACGGGCGGCGGCGGCCGGAGUCAUGGCAGGACAGGCCUUUCGGAAGUUCCUCCCCCUCUUCGACCGCGUGCUGGUGGAGAGGAGCGCCGCGGAGACCGUCACCAAGGGGGGCAUCAUGCUGCCGGAGAAAGCCCAGGGCAAGGUGCUGCAGGCCACCGUCGUCGCCGUGGGGUCCGGCUCCAAGGGAAAGGGUGGAGAGGUUCAACCUGUUAGCGUGAAAGUUGGAGAUAAAGUUCUUCUUCCAGAAUAUGGAGGCACCAAAGUAGUUAUAGACGACAAGGACUAUUUCUUAUUUAGAAAUGGUGACAUUCUUGCAAAGCCUGUAGACUGAAAUGAAGAACUAUUGAAAUGGCAGCACCUGAAGCUGCCCAUUCCAUUGAAGUUCUGAAAUCUUUCAUCAUGUAAAUAAUUUCCGUGUCUCUUUUAUAAUAAACUAAUGAUAUCCAAACUGAUGACAUCCAGUGUCUUUUAAAAUUUAGUUUCACUGUACUGAUAUAAACAUUUCCAAAUAAAAAUAUAUGAAUAAAUGGU